GUGGUCAGAACUUCCUGCAAAAUAUAGUUCCCUAACAACAGACAAAGCUAGCGAGCUAGUACUUGUAGUAGUCUAGAUUGUCUGGAUUCAAUACGAAUACGUUUAUUGAACAAAAGCACAAUUCAUCCCCCUAUGGGUUCUGAGGGUUUUUCCAGAAACAGCAGAGUGUAAGACUGCAGACAUGUCGGGUCACUCGGCAGACAUGGAUGACUUGCAGGAGCAGCCGACAAAGAAGGCCAGGCACGAGCUAGACCUGGGACUUGAGAAAGAGCCCAGGUCAGUUUUGAUUGGGGGCUUAGGUGAUGAAAGUAGUCCCUCUGCUCUCUUGGGCUCAGUAGAGCAAGACAACUCUUACUCCACCUUGUCCAGUGCCUCUCUUGGAGCAAGCCGAGAACAGCCUGGACCAGAAACUGGGUCAAGGCCUCAAGCAUGUGACGACAACAUGAAUUCGUACGCACACACUGCUGUGACCUGCAAAGAGCUAACCACAACAACAGCCUCUGAAUAUACCUCACAGAUAUACCAAGGAAACAACCCAGCAGUGACAUCCUACACCAGCCAGGUGGGCUUCCCUCCUCUGGCUCAGUCCACGGUCUACACACCCUUCCCCCAGGCAGGGCAGACCUACGGCCUACCACCUUUCGGCUCCAGUUUCACAACAUCCAGUGUGUACACUAAUCUCACCUCAGCUACAGCCGCCACCACAACCUCGGCCUCUGUGGCUCACCAGGAAUUCAGCAGUUACAACUCCCUGGGACAAAGCCAGUUCCCCCAGUAUUACGCCCCGGCACCCACCUAUGUGCCCGCUGGCCUGCCCAAUAACGACGGGCAUGGUGCCAAUGUGGGCGUAGCUGGUUACCCAGCCAUCAAGACAGAGGGCAGUGCCUCAGCCGGACUGCCCAGCACUACAGAUGCGUCCCCACAUGAGAACCUCCCUACAGGAGUAGCUCUGCCUUCAGGGGUGGGCCUGCCUACGGGAGCCAGGGACCAGGAUGAGGCUGGCCGCAGGAACUCUGCUGGGAAGGCCAAGGCCAAGAACAAGAAGUCCGACAGCUCCCAACCCACCGACACGGAUCUCGAGCGCGUGUUUCUCUGGGAUCUGGAUGAGACCAUCAUCAUAUUCCACUCUCUCCUCACAGGCUCAUUCGCUCAGAAAUUCGGCAAGGACCCUGCUUCAGUGCUGAACCUGGGCCUGCAAAUGGAGGAGCUGAUUUUUGAGCUUGCAGACACACACCUGUUCUUCAACGACCUGGAGGAGUGUGACCAGGUGCAUGUUGAAGACGUGGCCUCUGAUGACAACGGGCAGGAUCUGAGCAGCUACAACUUCCUGGCGGACGGCUUCAACGGCCCCAGCGGUGGAGGGGCUUCUGGGGCCUCCACAGCGGUCCAGGGAGGGGUGGAGUGGAUGAGAAAAUUGGCCUUCCGCUACCGGCGACUAAAGGAGAUCUAUAACGGAUACAAAGGGAAUGUGGGAGGCCUGCUGAGCCCCAUGAAGAGAGAGCUGCUCAUGAGGCUGCAGGCAGAGAUAGAGAACAUGACAGACGCCUGGCUCAGCACCGCUCUCAAGUCCCUGUUGCUCAUCCAAUCCAGGGGAAAGUGCAUGAAUGUGCUGGUGACCACCACCCAGCUGGUGCCUGCUCUGGCCAAGGUACUGCUAUACGGCCUGGGAGACAUCUUCCCCAUCCAGAACAUCUACAGCGCCACCAAAAUAGGGAAGGAGAGCUGCUUUGAGCGCAUCAUCUCUCGCUUUGGGAAGAAGGUGACCUAUGUGGUGAUAGGGGACGGACGGGACGAGGAAUUUGCAGCGAAACAGCACAACAUGCCUUUCUGGAGGAUCUCCACCCACGGGGAUCUGGUGUCCCUCCAUCAAGCCCUGGAGCUGGACUUCCUCUAGAGCACCCCACGCUGGAGGUCAUUCUCACUAAAGAGGAAAUGCAGUCACCUGCCUCUGCGGCCCCACGGAGCCCUUAGCACUCCCUCAACCCUCCCAUUAUUCACACACACACACACACCUGCUCUCUGUAAGUCCUUACUUGCGUCUGACAGCCAUUGACUAAGGUGGAUUGGGGAUGGUGGUUUGGGAAGAAUUGGGAGUAGACUGGCUGAAUCGUAAAGCAGGACCUGCCCCUGCCCCAGCGACUUUUCUCCCUCCCUCGGCAGCUAACCUCUCUCUGGCUGAACCUGGCACUUAACCACGAACAUCUCUUAAGCUCCGAAGUCUGUCUUUUCACCCAACCACCAGUGGCUGAGACUGUUCUUCUGUUUUCUCUCUACCCCCCCCCCCCCCCCCCCCCUCAAUGUAGUGGACUCACCAAAGGGACUACUGACUGACCAAAGGUCUGCACUGGCAUGGUCUCUUUGGGUUGUUUUCAGCUUUCUUCUUUUCAACCCCUCUGGAGGGUGUCCGGGAAAGUAUGAUGUCACUUCCCGAUCGGAAACAUCAGUUCCUCUUUUUCUUUUUUGGCCACUCAUUCCAAAUCUUGAAAGCAUCUAUGUUACAGUCUAUGAACAUGAGGCUACAUUAAUGAGGCUACAUUGACGAAGUCAGCCAUCAUUUACUGUAAGUUUUUUCCCCCAAAGUCGUAUGAGGUAUUUGGAAAGUAUUUUUGCCGCUCUAGCCUUUCCCACUAGCUGACUAAUGGUAGUAGUAGUCAACAGUCAGAUGAUCCGACCAUGAGGCAGUCAGCUAACCUGACCUCUCCACUGUUACACCAGUCACUCCUGUGGAGGCUUUGCAGCCAGACAGUCUAUCAGAGGCAUAUUGAGGAGCCAAACCUGCAUUCCCCUCCGUGCAUGCUUA